AAAAACAUAUAGGACCCCUCAAAUUCUUUUUUUCAGUAAAUCUCUUAUAAAAGGCUAUGUUUUUUCUUGCUUUGUAUCCUCACAUCAAUCUUCUCACUCAAAACUUCAGCUUUCUUUUUUACAAGCAAUAGUUAAACAUGGUUCAGGGAAGGGGCAGUGCAGAUCUAGUGAUGGUUAAUGUGGCUGCACUCCUAUGCUUAACGGUUCUCACUGGGCACGUUCACGCAGCAACUUACACAGUCGGCGGCUCUGGUGGUUGGACCCUUAAUAUGGAUAGUUGGCCGAAAGGCAAGCGCUUUAAAGCCGGUGACACCCUAGUAUUCACUUAUGAUCCAACAAUCCACAAUGUGGUGGCCGUGAACAGAGGAGGGUACAGCAGUUGCAUCACUCCAGCGGGCGCAAAAGUUUAUAAAUCAGGAAAAGAUCAGAUAAAAUUAUCAAAGGGACAAAACUUCUUCAUUUGCAAUGUUGCAGGACACUGUGAAUCUGGGAUGAAGAUUGCUAUUAAUGCUGCUUGAGCCUUCGGCUUAAGGUUUUCUUUCUUGUAAUAUCCCUGUAUUAGUAGAUUGUGCUACAUGUGUUCAUGUGAGGCUAGCGUUUUCUAGAGUGAUGAUGGGACUGGAAAUAAAACUCGAUGUUUGUUGUCCUGGAAAAACCUCGAGUGCUGUCAAACCUUGUUUAAGGUGGAGUCGCCAUCGCCAGUGUUAAAGAUUCAAACAGAAAUGUGGGCUGCUAGAUGUUAUGGCCUUAUGGGCCUGCCUUUUUUA